GAAGUGCUGACAGUGACAGCCCAGCCAGCAUAGAACACAGGACACAGCACACUCUGAGCAGUAUAUUAUACUCUAGAACUCUUAUACAUUGUUACCCAGCAGUACCUGCCACAUGUAAUGCAGGCACUGUGACAUACACCACCCUGCAUGUAUACACACACACAGGGACAGCACAGAGCUUAUGUAUAUGGUUAUAUACCAGGACUCUGAUACAUAGUUACCCAGCAAUAACUGCAUAUAGCACCAUACACAUAUAAGACAGGCACAGUAACGUAGGAAUGACCAUACUACACACUGAGAAGGACAUAGGCAGUGGUUUGCGGUAUAGCUGAUUUGUAUACUUUACAGAUGUCUCAGUUAUGCGUUUCCUCUGUAAGGAGAACGGUUCUGGUGUCUGCACUCUCACAAUGGCUGACAGUGAGAAGUGUUCAUGUAAGCUCAUUUCAGCUGCUGCCCUAUGCUGGCAGGAGCGGUUUACCACCACUGUCCAGAUGCCUUCAAAAUGGACCACAUUCACAUCAUAGCUGGGUACGAGCUCAUAGGAGCACCUUUAACCACAGAGGAAGCGACAGCAAGGACAGUGAUCUCUCCCUCGCCACUGUGGCAGAUGGGAUAAAGGAGGGCUUGUACCGCCGUAUAUUAGUGAUGGUGGGCGCAGGUAUCAGUACAGACAGCGGGAUCCCAGAUUUCAGGUCUCCCUCUAGUGGCCUGUACAGUAAACUGCAAGAAUAUUCCCUACCAUACCCAGAAGCCAUAUUCGAUCUAAGCUACUUUUUGCGGGAGCCCCAUGCCUUCUUGCAACUUUGCCAAGAGCUCCUACCUGGGCGUCACCACCCUAAUCCAGCGCAUUACUUUCUGCGCCUCCUGAAUGACAAAAGGGUACUGUUACGUGUCUACACACAGAACAUUGAUGGAUUGGAGAGAGUGGCCGGUAUCCCAGUGGAAAAAUUGGUAGAAGCUCAUGGCUCAUUUUCAUCAUCCACGUGCACCAUGUGUCUUAAAGAGUACCCAGGAAAGACCUUCAGUGACGCUGUGUUGGAGUCCCAAGUUCCCCGCUGUUCAUCGUGUGGUGGCCUCAUCAAACCCGACAUUGUAUUCUUUGGAGAGCAACUACCUUCUCGCUUCCUCCUGCACCUGACUGAUUUCCCUCAGGCAGAUCUCCUGAUAGUGAUGGGCACCUCAUUAGAGGUGGAACCAUUUGCAAGCUUGGUAUAUACAGUUACUAGAUCCACGCCACGUGUCCUUAUCAAUCGAGACCCUGUAGGACCAUUCAUGAGCAACUCAGAUGGGCUCAAUGUUCUGGAACUAGGAGAGGUCACCAGUGCAGUGAAACGCUUUGUACAACUACUGGGAUGGGAGCAUGAAUUGGCAGAACUAGAGAGAAGUGACAAGGAACCUUGAAGUCACAUCAAAGACGAUCAUUAUGGUAGUGAGUCUGAAGCAUCUCGCUGGGAGGAAGAUGCUGCCACAUUAUCCAUUUUCUGUUUAGUGGUCAUCAUUUUUACUAUGACUAAGAUGGAGGUUGUAUGAGGCACAAGCAUUGUGGGCUUGAUUUUCAGGUGAAAGUAAAGUAAAAAUGAGCAAGUAGCUGUACACCUGGAAAAGCCAUGCUGCAUCCUAAGGGGGGAAACUACAGUUAUUGUUUUUUUGCAUGCAGGAUAAACACUGACUGCUUUUUCAUGUAGCCCACAAACGCUGCACAGCUAGUUUUUUACACUGCAAUAGAAAUUUAAAUUUAGACAUGCCUAAGGGGGUAAUUCAGACCUGAUCGUAGCAGCAAAUUUGUUAGCAGUUGGGCAAAACCAUGUGCCCUGCAGGGGGGCAGAUAUAACAUGUGCAGAGAGAGUUAGAUUAGGAUGGGGUGUGUUCAAACUGAAAUCUAAAUUGCAGUGUAAAAAUAAAGCAGGCAGUAUUUACCCUGCACAGAAACAAAAUAACCCACCCAAAUCUAACUCUCUGCAAAUGUUAUAUCUGCCCCCCCUGCAGUGCACAUGGGGGGUAAUUCCAAGUUGAUCGCAGCAGAAUUUUUUUUAGCAGUUGGGCAAAACCAUGUGCACUGCAGGGGAGGCAGAUAUAACAUGUGCAGAGAGAGUUAGAUUUGGGUGUGGUGUGUUCAAUCUGCAAUCUAAAUUGCAGUGUAAAAAUAAAGCAGCCAGUAUUUACCCUGCACAGAAACAAAAUAACCCACCCACAUCUAACUCUUUCUGCACAUAUUAUAUCUGCUUCCCCUGCAGUGCACAUGGUUUUGCCCAAUUGCUAAAAAAAUUCCUGCUGCGAUCAACUUGGAAUUACCCCCAUGGUUUUGCCCAUUUGCUAACAAACUUGCUGCUACGAUCAACUCAGAAUUACCCCCUAAAUCUCUCUGCCUCAAUUCCCCUGCAGUAUAACAUGGGGGCUAAAUCAGACCUGAUCGCUCACUAGGGUUUUUUUGCAGUCCUGCGUUCACAUAGUCGCCGCCCACUGGGGAGUGUAUUUUAGCUUUGCAAGUGUGCAAUCGCAUGUGCAGCCGAGCGGUACAAAAAGAUUUUGUGCAGUUUCUGAGUAGCUCAGGACUUACUUAGCCACUGCGAUCACUUCAGUCUGUCCAGGACCGGAAUUGAUGUCAGGAACCCUCCCUGCAAACACUUGGACACGCCUGCGUUUUUACAACCACUCCCAGAAAACUGUCAGUUGCCACCCACAAACGCCUUCUUCCUGUCAGCCUCCUUGUGAUCGCCCAUGCGAAUGGAUCCUUUGCACAAACCCAUCGCAGAGCAACAAACCACUUUGUACCCGUGCGAGGCGCCUGCGCAUUGCGGUGCAUACGCAUACGCAUGCGCAGUUCUGACCUGAUCGCAGCCAUGCAAAAAAACGCUAGCAAGCAAUCAGGUCUGAAUUACCCCCAUGGUUUUGCCAAGGUGUUAAGUUAUUUGCUCUGUUUUGCUUUACCCACACAUCAGAACCAGGCACUGUAUGGGGUAAAUUUACUAAGAUGGGAGUUCUAUUUAAAAUGGGAUGUUGCCUAUAGCAACCAGUCUGAUUACAGGUAUUAUCUUUUACAAGGGGCUAGAUAAAUGAGAAGUAGAAUCUGAUUGGUUGCUAUGGGCAGCAUCCCAUCUUAAGUAAAUUUACCCCUAUGUCUUUUGCACACAUAAAAUGAAAAGCAAUACUAUGUUUGCCGUUUAUAAUGGUAGAAAGGCAGAGUGAUACUAUAGAUUCAUACUGUGACGACUACUUACUGUAUUUAAAAAAAAUAAAAUGCAAGUUUUCUAACAAA